CAGAGGUGUCGCCGGCGCCUGGAAUCCUUUGGCACCAUGUCCUGUGUGCAUUAUAAAUUUUCUUCUAAACUCAACUAUGAUACCGUCACCUUUGAUGGGCUCCACAUCUCCCUCUGCGACUUAAAGAAGCAGAUUAUGGGGAGAGAGAAGCUGAAAGCUGCCGACUGCGACCUGCAGAUCACCAACGCACAGACGAAAGAAGAAUAUACUGAUGAUAAUGCUCUAAUUCCUAAAAAUUCAUCUGUAAUUGUUAGAAGAAUUCCUAUUGGAGGUGUUAAAUCUACAAGCAAGACAUAUGUUAUAAGUCGAACUGAACCAGUGAUGGGAACUUCAAAAGCAAUUGAUGACUCUUCUGCGUCUAUUUCUCUGGCCCAGCUUACAAAGACUGCCAAUCUGGCUGAAGCCAAUGCUUCUGAAGAAGAUAAAAUUAAAGCAAUGAUGUCGCAAUCUGGCCAUGAAUACGACCCAAUCAAUUACAUGAAGAAACCUUUAGGUCCACCACCUCCAUCUUAUACUUGUUUCCGUUGUGGUAAACCUGGCCAUUAUAUUAAGAAUUGCCCAACAAAUGGGGAUAAGAACUUUGAAUCUGGUCCUAGGAUUAAAAAGAGCACUGGAAUUCCCAGAAGUUUUAUGAUGGAAGUGAAAGAUCCUAACAUGAAAGGUGCAAUGCUUACCAACACUGGAAAAUAUGCAAUACCAACUAUAGAUGCAGAAGCAUAUGCAAUUGGGAAGAAAGAAAAACCACCUUUUUUACCAGAGGAACCAUCAUCAUCUUCAGAAGAAGAUGAUCCUAUCCCAGAUGAGUUGUUGUGUCUCAUCUGCAAAGAUAUUAUGACUGAUGCUGUUGUCAUUCCCUGCUGUGGAAACAGUUACUGUGAUGAAUGUAUAAGGACAGCACUCUUGGAAUCAGAUGAACACACAUGUCCAACAUGUCAUCAGAAUGACGUCUCUCCUGACGCUUUAAUUGCCAAUAAGUUCUUACGACAGGCUGUUAAUAACUUCAAAAAUGAAACUGGUUAUACGAAAAGACUAAGAAAACAGUUACCCCCACCCCCUCCCCCAAUACCACCUCCAAGACCACUCAUCCAGCGGAACCUACAACCUCUGAUGAGAUCUCCAAUAUCAAGACAGCAAGAUCCUCUGAUGAUUCCAGUGACGUCCUCAUCAACUCACUCGGCUUCAUCUAUGUCUUCAUUAACCUCCAGUCAGUCGUCUUUGGCCCCUCCUGUCCCUGGAAAUCCAUCUUCUGCCCCAGCCCCUGUACCUGAUAUAACUGCAACAGUCUCCAUAUCAGUCCACUCAGAAAAAUCAGAUGGACCUUUUCGGGAUUCUGAUAAUAAAAUACUGCCAGCUGCAGCACUUGCAUCAGAGCAUUCAAAGGGAGCUUCUUCAAUUGCAAUUACUGCUCUUAUGGAAGAGAAGGGUUACCAGGUGCCUGUGCUUGGAACCCCCUCUUUGCUUGGACAGUCAUUAUUGCAUGGACAAUUGAUCCCCACAACUGGUCCAGUAAGAAUAAAUGCUGCUCGUCCAGGUGGUGGUCGACCAGGUUGGGAACAUUCCAACAAACUUGGAUACUUGGUUUCUCCACCACAGCAAAUUAGAAGAGGAGAGAGAAGCUGCUACAGAAGUAUAAACCGUGGACGGCAUCACAGCGAAAGAUCACAGAGAACUCAAGGCCCGUCACUGCCAGCAACUCCAGUUUUUGUGCCUGUCCCACCCCCUCCCUUGUAUCCUCCUCCUCCCCACACACUUCCUCUCCCAGGUGUUCCUCCUCCGCAGUUCUCUCCUCAGUUUCCUCCUGGCCAGCCACCACCUGCUGGGUAUAGCGUUCCCCCUCCAGGAUUUCCUCCAGCUCCAGCCAAUUUAUCAGCACCUUGGGUGUCAUCUGGAGUACAGACUGCUCAUUCUAAUACCAUCCCAACAACACAAGCUCCACCUUUGUCCAGGGAAGAAUUCUAUAGAGAGCAACGGCGACUAAAAGAAGAGGAAAAGAAAAAGUCCAAGCUAGAUGAGUUUACAAAUGAUUUUGCUAAGGAAUUGAUGGAAUACAAAAAGAUUCAAAAGGAGCGUAGGCGCUCAUUUUCCAGGUCCAAGUCUCCCUAUAGUGGUUCAUCCUAUUCAAGAAGUUCAUAUACUUAUUCUAAAUCAAGAUCUGGUUCAACGCGGUCACGUUCUUAUUCUCGAUCAUUUAGCCGCUCACAUUCUCGUUCCUAUUCGCGAUCACCUCCAUACCCCAGAAGAGGCAGAGGAAAGAGUCGAAAUUACCGUUCACGAUCUAGAUCGCACGGGUAUCAUCGAUCUAGGUCAAGGUCACCUCCGUAUAGACGGUAUCAUUCACGAUCAAGAUCUCCUCAAGCAUUUAGGGGACAGUCUCCUAAUAAACGUAAUGUACCCCAAGGAGAAACAGAGCGUGAAUAUUUUAACAGAUUCAGAGAAGUUCCACCACCUUAUGACAUGAAAGCUUAUUACGGGAGGAGUGUUGACUUUAGAGACCCAUUUGAGAAAGAACGUUACCGAGAAUGGGAGAGAAAAUAUCGAGAGUGGUAUGAAAAAUAUUACAAAGGCUAUGCUACUGGAGCACAGCCUAGACCAUCAGCAAAUAGAGAGAACUUUUCUCCAGAAAGAUUCUUACCACUUAACCUUAGGAAUUCUCCCUUCACAAGAGGCCGCAGAGAGGAUUACUCUGGUGGACAGAGUCAUAGAAGUCGAAACGUAGCUGGCAACUAUCCAGAAAAGCUUUCAUCAAGAGACAGUCACAAUCAGAAGGAUAAUACAAAGUCAAAAGACAAGGAAGGUGAAAGUGCUCCAGGAGAUGGUAAAGGAAAUAAACAUAAGAAACAUCGAAAAAGAAGAAAGGGGGAAGAAAGUGAAGGCUUUCUAAACCCAGAGUUACUAGACACUUCUAGGAAGUCAAGAGAGCCUACAAGUGGUGAGGAAAGUAAAACAGACUCCUUGUUUGUUCUCCCAAGUAGAGAUGAUGCUACACCUGUUAGAGACGAACCAAUGGAUGCUGAAUCCAUUACUUUUAAAUCAGUGUCUGAGAAAGACAAGAGAGAAAAAGAUAAACCUAAAGCAAAAGGUGACAAGACCAAACGGAAAAAUGAUGGAUCUACUGUAUCCAAAAAAGAAACUGUUGUAAAACCUGCUAAAGGACCCCAAGAAAAACUAGAUGGAGAGCGUGAAAAAUCUCCUCGAUCUGAACCUCCACUUAAAAAAGCCAAAGAGGAGACCCCAAAGACUGACAAUGUGAAAUCGUCAUCUUCCUCUCAAAAAGAUGAAAAGACGGUUGGUACCCCCAGAAAGGCUCACUCAAAGCCAGUAAAGGAGCACCAGGAGACAAAGCCAGUCAAAGAGGAAAAAGUGAAGAAGGACUACUCCAAAGACAUCAAGUCAGAGAAGGGAACUAGUAAGGAAGAAAAGGCCAGGAAGCCUAAUGAGAAAAGUAAGCCACUUGAUAGCAAGGGAGAAAAAAGGAAGAGAAAAACUGAAGAAAAAAGCGUAGAUAAAGAUUUUGAGUCAUCUGCAAUGAAAAUCUCUAAAUUAGAAGUAACUGAAAUAGUGAAACCAUCACCCAAGCGCAAAAUGGAGCUUGAUAUUGAAAAGAUGGAUAGGACACCUGAAAAAGACAAAAUUUCAUCAUCAGCUGCUCCGGCCAAAAAAAUCAAGCUUAACAGAGAAACUGGUAAAAAAAUUGGAAGUACAGAAAAUGUAUGUAACACAAAAGAACCCUCUGAAAAGUUGGAAUCAACAUCCGGCAAAGUGAAACAAGAAAAAAUCAAAGGAAAGGUCAGGCGAAAAGUGACUGGAACUGAAGGAUCCAGCUCAACACUUGUGGAUUAUACCAGUACCAGUUCGACUGGAGGCAGUCCUGUGCGGAAGUCUGAAGAAAAAACAGAUACAAAGCGAACUGUCAUUAAAACAAUGGAAGAAUAUAAUAAUGACAACACAGCUCCUGCUGAAGAUGUUAUUAUUAUGAUCCAGGUUCCCCAAUCCAAAUGGGAUAAAGAUGACUUUGAAUCUGAAGAAGAAGAUGUUAAAUCCACCUCACAACCUAUAUCAAGUGUAGGAAAACCUGCCAGUGUUAUAAAAAAUGUUAGCACUAAACCACCAAAUGCAAUCAAGUAUACUGAAAAAGAGAGUGAAUCAUCAGAGAAAAUUCAGAAACUCACCAAGGAGGUGAGCCAUGAAAUUGCACAGCAUGAGGUCAAAAGUUCAAAAAACUCUGCAUCUAGUGAAAAAGGGAAAACCAAAGAUCGAGAUCACUCAGUAUUGGAAAAGGAAAACCCAGAAAAGAGAAAGAACAACAGCACUCAGCCAGAGAAAGAUAGUAAUCUGGACCGUCUGAACGAGCAAGGAAAUGUCAAAAGUCUGUCUCAGUCUUCCAAAGAGACUAGAACUUCUGGAAAAGAAGAUAAGCAUGAUUCCAUUCGAGGGUCCUCAAAUAAAGACUUUACUCCCAACAGAGACAAAAAAACAGAUUAUGACAACAGAGAGUAUUCAAGUUCCAAACGUAGAGAUGAAAGGAAUGAAUUAACAAGAAGAAAAGACUCUCCUCCUCGGAGUAAAGACUCUGCAUCUGGACAAAAAGCUAAGCCAAGGGAGGAGAGAGAGUUGCCUAAAAAAGGAACAGGAGAUUCCAAAAAAAGUAAUUCUAGUCCCACGAGAGACAAAAAACCUCAUGAUCAUAAAGCCACUUACGAUCCUAAACGCUUAAGUGAAGAGACAAAAUCUUUAGAUAAAAAUCCCUGUAAAGACCGUGAGAAACAUAUGUUAGAGGCAAAGAACAAUAAAGAGUCAAGUGGCAAUAAAUCACUUAGUAUACUUAACCCACCUGACCCACAGAUUGAGAAAGAGCAAGUUACUGGGCAAAUUGAUAAGAACACCAUCAAGCCUAAGCCCCAGGUAAGUCACUCCUCUCGACUGUCUUCUGACUUAACUAGAGAAACUGAUGAAGCUGCUUUUGAACCAGACUAUAAUGAAAGUGACAGUGAAAGCAAUGUGUCUAUAAAAGAGGAAGAAGCUGCAGGAAAGGUUUCUAAGGAACUGAAAGAUAAAGUAGUAGAGAAAGCAAAGGAGAGCCUGGACACGGCAGCAGUCAGCCAGGCAGGCGUCACCAGGAGCCAGAGUCAGAGCAGCCCGAGUGUCAGUCCAAGCAGAAGUCACAGCCCUUCUGGAAGCCAAACCCGGAGCCACAGCAGCAGUGCCAGCUCUGCAGAAAGUCAGGACAGCAAGAAGAAGAAGAAAAAGAAGGAAAAGAAAAAGCACAAGAAACAUAAAAAGCAUAAGAAGCAUAAGAAGCAUGCAGGCACUGAAGCAGAAUUGGAAAAAAGCCAAAAACACAAACAUAAGAAAAAGAAGUCAAAGAAGAGCAAAGAUAAAGAGAAGGAGAAGGAGAAGGAUGACCAAAAAGUGAAAUCUGUCACUGUGUAG